UAAUAAUAGAGCUCAACAUAUAUCGAUUAAAUGUCAAGUUGCUUGUACACAUCUAUUUAUAUAUAUGAGAAAUUGUUUUGCACAGCAGAUGCAAGCGGAUGAAACCAAAUGUGCAAAAAAAAAAAAGUCAUGUUGCAAUAAACACGUGGAUUAUACUACUAGUGCACAAGCUUUGGGAGGAGGCAAGAUAAAAAGAAAACCAAAAAUAAGAGAAUCAGAAGUCAGUACCGCAGGACGCACGCUAACGCGCUUCCCACAUCCCCAAAACCAGCCCGAGCACCCCUUUCCCUGUUCGGUGAGUGGUGUGUGCUCCCGGUGCCGGGGGGGGCGGGGGGGGCGUGCUGAAUUAUAUUCCGGUACGCAGAGCAUCUUUUGUUUUUUACAGCCGCCUUGCUCUCGCCUUCACUAUCUUCUGUGCAAAAAAAAAAAAAGACAACCGGCAUUUUUCGGCUUCUUCUCUCUCUCUUUCAGUGCCCUGACGCACGGAUAGGAUAGAAACGCGGCACGGGAAACCAUCAAGGAGCUGUCCAAGCUGUUGGACUCCAUCAAAGAAGACCAGACGGCUAGUCAAGCUAACCGCACCGCCCCCCCCUUUCCAAUAGAGGAGCGGUCCUGGGUGCUGAGAUCUCUUCGGGAGCUGUCUGUCACCCCGAGUGCAGAACACCGCUGUCCGUGCCUUUGGGGUUUCUCGCUAAGCCAGGAAAAGUGUUGCAACUUAUUUUAAAAAAAUGGAUGACGGCUACAGGGAUCGGACAGCUUUCAUCCGGGGUGCCAAAGACAUCGCCAAGGAGGUGAAGCGGCACGCGGCCAAGAAAGUGGGACGAGGCAUGGACAAGGUGCAGGACGAGUACACGAGGCGCUCCUACACCCGUUUCGAGCAGGACGACGACGACGACGACGACUACCCCGCCCCGCGGGACGGCUACUACCAGGACCCGGCCAACGACGACGACAAGGAAGGGGGGGGCGGGGGGGCCUCCAGCGACGACACCGAGGGCCACGACGAAGACGACGAGAUCUACGAAGGCGAGUAUCAAGGCAUCCCCAAGGCCAAGGCGGACGGGCUGAGCAAAGGGGCGGGAGGGGACAGCCAGCCGGCCGCCGCCCCCGGCUACCGCGACCUUGCCGCCCAGGCGGCGGAGCGGCACAAGGACCAGGAGGAGCUGGCGGAGCAGUACGAGGCCAUCCUGCAGGAGUGUGGGCACGGCCGCUUCCAGUGGACCCUCUACUUCGUGCUGGGGCUGGCUCUCAUGGCCGACGGCGUGGAGAUCUUCGUGGUGGGUUUCGUGCUGCCCAGCGCAGAGAAGGACAUGUGCCUGUCCGAUUCCAACAAGGGCAUGCUGGGUUUGAUUGUGUACCUGGGGAUGAUGGUGGGGGCGUUCCUGUGGGGGGGUCUGGCGGAUCAGAUCGGUCGCAGACAGUGUCUGCUCAUCUCCCUGUCCAUCAACAGCGUCUUCGCUUUCUUCUCGUCCUUCGUUCAGGGCUACAGCACCUUCCUGUUGUGCCGCCUGCUUUCUGGAGUCGGGAUCGGUGGCUCCAUUCCCAUCGUUUUCUCCUAUUUCUCGGAGUUCCUGGCUCAGGAGAAGCGAGGGGAGCACCUCAGCUGGCUCUGUAUGUUCUGGAUGAUCGGAGGGAUUUACGCCUCUGCCAUGGCCUGGGCAAUUAUACCCCACUACGGCUGGAGUUUCCAGAUGGGCUCUGCUUACCAGUUCCACAGCUGGCGCGUGUUCGUGCUGGUGUGCGCGUUCCCGUCGGUCUUCGCCAUCGCUGCCCUCACCACCAUGCCAGAGAGCCCGCGCUUCUUCCUGGAGAAUGGGAAGCACGACGAAGCCUGGAUGAUUCUGAAGCAAGUCCACGACACCAACAUGAGAGCCAAGGGACACCCUGAGAGGGUCUUCUCUGUCACCACUAUCAAGACGGUGAAGCAGCUGGAUGAGCUGGUGGAGCUGGACGCCGAUAGCGGAUCCUGGCACCGCAGAUGGAGGAUGCGUCUCUCCUGCCUCUUCCACCGGGUCAGGAAUAACUUCCUGCAGUGUUUUUCCCCGGAGUAUCGGCGCAUCACUCUCAUGAUGAUGGCGGUCUGGUUCACAAUGUCCUUCAGUUACUAUGGUCUGACAGUGUGGUUCCCUGACAUGAUCAAAUACAUGCAGAAGCAGGACUACGCUCUGCGCACCAAGGUCUUCGUCAAGGAGAGAGUGGAGCAUUUCACCUUCAACUUCACUCUGGAGAACCAGAUUCACCGCAACGGGGAAUACUUCAACGACAAGUUCAUGAACCUCAAGAUGAAGUCCGUGCUGUUUGAAGACACUCUGUUCGAGGAAUGCUACUUUGAAGACAUCACCUCCAGCAACACCUUCUUCAGGAACUGCACCUUCGUCUCCAGCCUCUUCUACAACACAGACCUCUUCAACUACAGGUUUAUUGACAGCAAGCUGGUGAACAGCACGUUCCUCCACAACAAGGAGGGCUGUAUGCUGGACUUCAGCGAUGACAACAACGCCUACAUGAUCUACUUCGUCAGCUUCCUGGGCACGCUCGCCGUGUUGCCAGGCAACAUAGUCUCCGCCCUCCUAAUGGAUAAGAUUGGCCGCUUGAGGAUGCUGGCCGGCUCGAGCGUCAUGUCCUGCGUCAGCUGCUUCUUCCUGUCCUUCGGCAGCAGCGAGUCGGCGAUGAUCGCUCUGCUGUGCUUGUUCGGUGGGAUCAGCAUCGCGUCCUGGAACUCCCUGGACGUGCUGACCGUCGAGCUCUACCCCUCGGACAUCAGGACCACGGCCUUCGGGUUUCUGAACGCCCUCUGCAAGCUGGCGGCUGUCUUGGGAAUCAGCAUCUUCACCUCCUUCGUGGGCAUCACCAAAGCCAUGCCCAUCAUGUUCGCCUCGGUCGCUCUGGGGGUCGGCAGCUUCCUGGCUCUCAAGCUGCCCGAGACUCGCGGGCGGGUGCUGCAGUAGAGCGGAGCCGCCAGCAGGGGGAGGGGAGGGUGACGGGCAAGGCAGGAGGGCCCAGGAACCAGAGUGUCAACAGUCAACACUGUGAAACAUCCAUCCUUCAUCAUCUGAGAUCUCCCUUUUCACUUCUGUAUCCCCACCCCCCCACACACACACACAUCUGUAACUUCACAACGCUCUCCAGGGUUACCCAGUGAAACAAGCCAUCGUUGACUUUAGAUUUUUAUUUUUUUUUUAAUCUUUGGACUACUAGGCAUGCAGGAGUCUGCAAUAAAUGUUCGGUGCGGCCCAGCUGUGGAAUACCCCAGCGGUCUUCUGAAGCUGAAGGGAACGCGGAGCCGCUGCUCUGAGGAUUGGAGCUUUGGUUUCGGGAGACUGUAGGGUUCGGGCAAACCAGGGGAGACUUGGGGAUGGGGUUUGAUACAGCAAACCUCACACUAGGUCUCCCCGGGGGUCUCCUGGAACCAGCUUUCAAGCCACAUGUUCCUGAGAAAGCAGCUCCGGGUUCAGCUCAGCUUCAGGGAAACAAACAGCCAGAUUAAUAACGAUUACAUUCCAGCGACGGAGGGCUUGUUAAUUCUGCUAUUUAACUGUACCAGGCUUGAGCUGCUGUCUCUUUACAACACAGACACACACACACACACACACACACACACACACACACACACACACACACACACACACACACACACAC